UCUCGCUCACUCCCAAAAAUUGAUUUUUGGUUACCCGCUCAUUACUCCCUCUACUUCUCAUCUCCGUCGUGCGCCUUAAAUCCCCCAAAUAAAAGUUUGUUUUUCUUCAGCUGAAAUCCCCCAAAUAGAAAUCGGACCGAGCAGCUUUGCAUCAAGGAAGAAGAAGAGUCGGAAAAACACAAGUAGCUAAGUUGCCCUUAUGGCUUGUGAAGGCUUGCUGAGAACAUCCAAGAUGCUUAUGCUGAGGCAGCUAGCAUUGCUGAACAGCUAUGAUUUUGAUAGGCAGCCUCCAGAUUUGAAAAAACAAGAGCUUGUUAAGCGUUACUCAAAGAGGGCAAAUGCUACUAAGGAUUUGCAAGAAGCCAUGGAGGUAAUCCCUAGACUUGACGGGUCAGUGCAGCGGAGGACACAACGGUGGCCACACGUAAAUUUUAGACUAUUUUCUGUUAAUACCUAGAAUUUAUUACUUAUUUGAGGUUUUUUAUGUAUCUUCUAGACUAUGGACUUGUUGGCUUUAAAUUUGGGACAUUAUACUAUUUUUUAUGGAUUUUUUUAAAACUGCAACUUCAUAAAACACAGUUUUUUUUCUAAAAAAUAAAGUUUUUCGUAAAUAGAAACAAUUUUCCCUAAAUUAAUUGGUUACAAAAGCUUUCGCUAAGAGACAAGUUUUAAAUCAAAUCAAUUGGUUUUUUAAUUAAAUAAAAGCUAACUUACUGUAACGGUUUUUAAACUCGACAAUCUUGUCUUCAAAUCCCUUUCCAUGUGACAUCGCCAGAUUCGACCAUAACAUCUAGGCCGGGUUUGGGGUGUUACAAAAUUGGUCUGUCUUGGUGAUCUACCAUUAGGACCCCUAUGUAUAAUUUGUGUCAAUUACUUAGUUUGAGUAAAAUGCUAUGCUAUGAUGUGUUUUUGAAUGACUUCUAAUAAUCCGCAUGUUACUAGAAUGUGACUUAUUGGUUAAAAAUAUGAAAUGCUAUGUUUUGUGGUAAUUCAAAGCUUGUAAUAUAAUGGUUAUUAUGGUAGGCCUGGAUAAUGUUCUUGAAUUUGUAUAUUGGUAGUUAAAUGAGAUGAAAUGUAUUAAGGUGUCAACGAUGAAAAAAUGUAUGAUAUAUAGAAUGAAUUUAUGGUCAUGUUUAUGUGUGUUGGAAGUUGGUUUUGGCCUUUCAAAAUGUUUAUUUGAAAGUGUAUAGGCACCUUAAUAAUAAGGAGUGAAAUUGAGCAUGAAAAUGGGUAAUUUUGGGCUCACACGGGUUGGGAUAUGGGCUGUCACAUGACCAUGUGUAGCACACGGGCAAACCCACAGGCGUGUUCCAAGAAAUUUUCACACGGGCAAGCACACGGCCUGCGACACUGCCAUGUGAAGAUAUUUCGAUUGUUACAUGGGCUGGCACACGGUUUGCGACAUGACAGCGUGAUCCAAAUCAAUUAGUUACACAAUUUAUGUACACGGGUGUGUGAAGUUGCACAGGGGGUGUGGGAUAACGACACAGCCAUGUUGGAGCCUCACGAGCUGGAUUUUCUCACAGGGCCUGGACACAUGACCGUGUAACCCCUGACUUGGAAAUUUUUAAUUUUCCUAUGAAUGCUCUGAUUUGUUUUGAAUUGGUCCCUGAAUGCUCGUGACUUA